AUGACAUCAUCAAUAUCCAAUAGUCCAGAAUCCGCAUCAACUCAGUCUUCUCAACAUAACACUGUAAUAGCAGGAACCAUAAACGAAAUUCUAUACAAAUCUCGUGAAUCUUUUACAAACUUUACAGAAAUUAGUCAAGCGAUCGAACAACGAUCAAACCUCACACCACAAGAGAAAUCAUGGCUACUGAAAUUUCUCUACGAGAAAGAAGAAUUGGAUAAUUUGACGUUACAGAAAGGCGAGAAGCAUUACUGCAGCUUAUGUAAUCAUUUUCAUUAUUCCACCAUAUAUUGUGAUAAUUGUAUGAAGGAGUUGUUACGAAAUGGAUUUGAAGAGUGGACGAGCGGAGUCCCGCUGAUUGAUAAAUUUAUACAACGAUGUCAGAUGGAGAAACCCAUCCCGAGAUUUAUUGUUGAGUGGAUUCCGUUUGAAGAUUUUACUCUAGUACAGUAUAAAACCAGAGGUGGAUUCGGGGAGAUUUACACGGCUAUUUGGCAGCGUGGCAGAAUUGUUGGGUGGGAUAAAGAUCGAGGAGCCUUUAUUCGACAGCCCAAUAUUGCUGUGGCGUUAAAGAAUCUAUUUAAGGAUCCGGAUGAAGAUUUCUUUAAAGAGGCUGAAACGUGUCUAAGCAUGAAAGGAGAUACUAGAUUCAUUGUAGAAUGCUAUGGAUUAAGUCGUAAUCCAACAACCGGAAAUCUCAUAAUAGUAAUGGCAUAUAUGGAACAAGGUGACUUGCGCAACUAUCUACAUGAUAAUGCAGACAAAUUAACCUGGAAAGACAAAUUCAUGAUAAUUUCCCAAAUAUCAAAUGGCCUUUCAAGAAUACAUCAAAAAGGCCUAGUACACGGAGAUUUACACUCUGGCAACAUCCUGCGCAGCAAUCUAGGUACAAAUCGCAUAACCGAUCUGGGAUUCCGUGGGCCACCACAAAAAACUUACUCGAAACUAAUGCGAAGUUGUUGGCACCCAGAUAAAGAUCAGAGACCAAGUGCUAGUGAAGUAAAGGAAUUUGCGGAUUCUGCGUUAAAAAAAAUUUAUGAUGAAUCGUCAUUAACUUCACCAGAAGAAAAAAUAUCGGUAAUGACACCGUCAAUAAAGUCUGAGAGACCACCGCAAAAUCCGUCAUCGUUUCUUUUUAGUCAAAUGCUUGAUACGCGCAGCAUGAACUUGCAAUACGAAAGUUGGAAGAGUUCAUUAGCUAUUAAACCAGAGGAAUCAAUAGGAUCAACAGCACAAAAUUCAUUGCCUUUAUUAUCGUCAACACAAUCUCGAAAAUCCAAUGAGUUCCUAACAUCAAAUAUGGUUCCAACCCCCUCCCCACUUCUUAUCCCACGUGCCACAUCUUCUUCGCCAUUUGUAUCAUCACCAACCACAUCGCCGACUACAUCAUUGCCCCCCAACUCAUAUGUUCCAAGAGGUCGAGCAACAAAAUUGCUACCUUUUAAGAAUACUUUCGACGACUCUGACGACGAUACCAACGAUAAGGAUGCUGUUGCUGUGAAUUCAUCCUCAAAUUUAAAAGAUAAAGCGACGGCGGCAAUAGAUGUGGCGGCAGCAAUUGCGGCGGCGUCGGAGGCGAUGUCUUCGAAUUUGGGAGAAAAUGUUGGAGAGAAAUCGCUAUCGGAAGAUGGUGAGGAGAAAUCACUGGUCGAGUGUAUCGAAGAGAAAUCGCUGCCGGUUCCUACAAUUGAACAAAAGAGACAACAAUUAACGAGUCAUUCUUUAAAUUCGACGGAUUCAUCGAAUUUGAACGAUAGUAAACAAACAUCAGACUCACAAAAUGAAUCAAAAUCAAUUGUAUUACAAUCGUCUAAUAGUUUAAAAGAAGAGAACAAUAGCUCGGUAGAACCAAAUAAUCAAUCGAAGAAUCCGUCUUCACCUCCACCACCAAUUGACACGAAAACGGUCAAAAACUCGAGUAAAAAUGUCAUGCACAAACUUGAUCCCGAACUUUCAGAAAAGAUUCCUGUUAUUUCGUCUCCACGAAUCUCCCCCACCAAUGCAGCCCCAACAAUCGAUAAUCGUCGACGCGGCUCGUUAAAUGCUUUGCCGCAAAAUACAUACGAUCACUCAGUUGGAACUCAAAAUGAAAAUCUAAGGAUUAAUACCGACUGCUAUCUAACAAACGCCACUCCGGCGUACCCUUUAUUACCCUCACCAGCAACCUCUCAAGAUAAUUCAAGAAGAAAUUCUUUUUCUUCGCAACCGCUAUCGCAUCAUGGAUCAGCAGAUAGUCUGGAUUCUCCACAAUUUGGGCCACCUCUCCCACGAAUGUAUAAACCUCCUCCCAAUAAUUAUAACAAUAAUUGGUCAAGACAUGCUUCCGUCGUCUCUAACCCCACGACACAAAGUAUUCCAUCAUCUCAAUCCUCUCCAUUUCUGAAAACUUCUAAACCGAUGAGUCUUCAACAAUUUGUCCUUGAUGAAGCUGAUUUAAAUGAAAUUGAGAUUAGCAACGAUCCAGCUGAAGAAAUGAAUAAAUUGAUUAAAGAAUUGGAUAAAGCAAGACCAAAGCCACCAAAACAGUCUUGGAAAGCCAAAGAUGUAGAAAACUCCGAAUACGAAUAUAAGCCGCCAAGUCCCGAUACCAAUAAUGAAGUCAUAGAAUCGAAUGCAUCAUACACAAAUUUUCACGAACCAUUCCAAAAUACAAACCUGUCACAAUCACUCGCGAAUACGAAUUUUAAUGGGCAAAAUAUUGAACCUCAGACUCUUCAACAGCAGCAACAAUUUGCGCCGCAACAUUAUCGAAAUCCAUUAUCCAUGGCUAAUCCUGGCACGAUAAUGAUUCCUCAAAAUCCAACCUCACCACAGCAGCCAUUUUCUUCGCCACCAACGUCCCUGCAAUUCAAUCCGCAACCACAAUUUCAGCAACCUAAGCGUACUUCCGCACCGGCAAUAAUAACCCCUAAUGCUGUGAAUCCUGGAACGGUGCCGCAUUCACCAAUGCAUGCUUCGAUGAUGAUGUAUCAUCAGUAUCGAGGAAUGCCGAUGGAUUUUCGAAUGCAACAGCCUCUUGAAAUUGUAAAUGAGCAACUCCAGUCUUCAGCAUCAUCAAUAAUAUCGACGCAUACCGAUCCUGGAGAAUUAUCUGAUAAUGCUACUGUUGGCCGGACCAGGAGUGGUAGUGACAAGAGCGUUAAAUCCGGCUUACGUGCCAAGUUCGGUACCAUUUGGAAAAAGAAAAAAGAAUAG